AUGAUCGGCACAGUAGUCACAAGGGAGAUGGACUCUGUCGAAUAUGAAGCACUGAGACAAUCCGUGAAAAAUGCUGAAAAACAAGUGUUUGAGACGAACGUAGAUAAGAUGAUGAAGUUGAUAAUCAACUCACUUUACAAAAACAAGGAUAUUUUCCUGCGUGAGCAAAUAUCCAAUGCAGUAGACGCCUUGGAAAAAAUACGUUUUGUCUCUGUUACCGACUCGAGUGUCCUUGAGUCACUUCCUGAUCUUUAUAUUCGCAUUAAAGUCAAUGAAAAGGAAAAAACAAUCACUAUUAGAGAUACAGGAAUAGGCAUGACGAAAGAAGAGUUGCAAAAGAAUUUGGGCACGAUAGCAAAGUCUGGGACCGCCGAUUUCAUGAAACAUCUGGAGAACGUUGGCAAUCAGUCUUCUCUGACUGACUUAAUCGGUCAAUUUGGCGUCGGCUUCUAUUCCGCUUUCAUAGUCGCUGAUCGUGUCACCGUUGUAUCAAAGAGUUCUGGAGACAAGCAGCAUAUAUGGGAGUCGGAUUCUACCUCAUUCCAAAUCGCCGAAGAUCCACGAGGCGACACUUUGGUCCGCGGCACCGAAAUAAUUCUACAUGUGAAGGAGGAAGCCCGCGAGUUUCUGCAGAUCUCAAACUUGAAACAAAUUGCUAAUAAAUACAGUCAAUUCGUCACUUUUCCCAUCUAUCUAUGGGACAGUCGGACCGAACAGGUGACCGAAGAGCCCGAAGGAGAGAAGCCGACCGAUACAUCUGACGACGUUGAAGAGGACACGAAGGAGAAGGAAAAGGAUAAGAAGGUGGAAAAAACUGUUUGGGAUUGGGUCCAGAUUAAUAAACAAAAACCUCUAUGGACUCGAAAACCAUCCGAAGUGGCAGAAGAGGAGUAUAUUGCAUUAUUCAAGGCCUUCACAAGUGACUAUCAAGAACUUCUAGCGAAAGUUCAUUUCGAGGCGGAAGGCGAAGUGUCGUUCAAAUCGAUCCUGUUUAUUCCCAAAAAGGCCCGAUACGAUCUAUAUAACAGCCACAAGCCUAUUACCGACAAUAUUAAGCUGUAUGUGCGUCGUGUCUUCAUAACAAAUAAUGUGGAAGAAAUGCUCCCACGCUACUUGGCCUUUGUUUACGGAGUCGUCGAUAGCGAUAACCUGCCCUUGAACGUUUCGCGUGAAACCCUACAACAAAGCAAAUUAUUAAAGCUGAUCAAAAAAAAGCUUGUUCGUAAAGUAAUAGAAUUGAUCUCCAAACUACCCAAAAAAGAUUACGAGGAGUUUUGGAAGCAGUACUCGGUAUCAAUCAAAUUGGGCGUCUUGGAGGACCAGCCAAAUCGGUCCAAACUUACGGACCUUCUGAGGUUCCACACAUCGCAUUCGGAAAAGGACCUCUCAUCGUUUGACGAUUACAUAAGUCGUAUGAAAGAUAAGCAGGAAGCCAUCUUCUAUCUUGGUGGUUCGAACAUAGAAGAAGCCAAACAGUCACCGUUUGUUGAAAAAGCUCUUCGCAAGGGCUUUGAGGUGAUUUACAUGACAGAACCUAUGGAUGAAUUCGUUAUGCAAGCACUGACUGAAGUCAAAUCGAAAAAGCUUCAAAAUUUAGCGAAGGAAGGUGUAAUACUUGAUGACACUGAAAAUUCCAAACAGAAGUUUGCGGAGCAGACGGCGACUUUCGCUCCACUGACGAAGUGGCUGAAGGAUACGGCACUAGAAGGCUUAAUAAAAGAGGCCACAGUGUCUCAGCGUCUCCAUGACAGCCCUUGUGCCUUGGUGGCUGACCAGUAUUCGUGGUCAGGAAACUUCGAAAGAAUUAUGACCAAUCAGGCAUUC